GUCGUGUAUUGCACAAUUUCGUCUACCAAAAAGUUAGGUUAUUUUAAAGUGAGGAAUUACCAUUGAAAUAUCUGGAAUAGUUUUAAAUUUGUUUCUUAAUUAUGGCGCAGAGCAAGUUGAAUGAUAUGGCUGGUAAAUUCGCAAAAGGUGGGCCACCAGGAUUGAAUAUCGGUUUAAAAGUGGUAGCCGUGAUCGGAGCGGCAGCUUACGGAUUCUCACAAUCCUUAUUUACCGUCGAAGGAGGUCAUCGAGCCAUUAUGUUCAACAGAAUAGGAGGUGUCCAACAGCACGUAAUGAGCGAGGGUCUGCACUUCCGCGUACCUUGGUUUCAGUAUCCUAUUAUUUACGAUAUUAGAUCACGACCUCGCAAAAUUUCGUCACCCACCGGUUCCAAAGACUUGCAGAUGGUGAAUAUCUCAUUGAGAGUACUGUCGCGCCCUGAUGCUAGUAAUCUACCAAUAAUGUAUAGACAACUGGGAACGGACUACGAUGAGAAAGUGUUACCCUCUAUUUGUAACGAAGUUUUGAAGUCAGUUGUUGCAAAGUUCAAUGCAUCGCAGCUGAUUACACAGCGCCAGCAAGUGUCACUGCUGAUUAGAAGAGAACUAGUUGAGCGGGCGGCUGAUUUUAAUAUUAUUUUAGAUGAUGUAUCCUUGACUGAGUUGAGUUUUGGCAAAGAGUAUACGGCAGCUGUAGAAGCGAAACAGGUAGCCCAACAAGAAGCUCAGCGCGCCGCUUUCGUAGUAGAAAGGGCGAAGCAGGAACGCCAACAAAAGAUUGUUCAGGCUGAAGGUGAAGCUGAGGCUGCAGAGAUGUUAGGUAAAGCCAUGGGUAUGAAUCCUGGUUAUUUGAAGUUGCGUAAAAUACGUGCAGCUCAGAGUAUCUCACGGAUGAUUGCACAAUCACAAAACAGAGUCUUCCUUCCUGGCAAUAGUUUGAUGAUCAAUUUGCAAGAUCCCACAUUUGAUGAUUUAUCAGAGAAGCUUACUAAGAAGAAGUAACAUAUGGCGACGGUAGAGUGUGUUAGUGAAUCGAAGCAAAUGACCACUGCUGCCGAUGAUGAUACUGCCAUUAUGAUUAGUGGUGCUGCUUCUAUCUCUGUCUAGUGCAUUUGUGUUAGUGUAUCACAAAAUACAAGUAACUAUUGUCUGUAUCUAUUGUGAUGUGGUCUGUUUAUUAGUUGUAGUUUUAUAGUAUAUAUGAGAAUCAUAUUGGUUUUAAUAAAAUUGUUUAAAACUUUGUGUCA